UUGUGUACUGCUUUCCCUCCCUCUUAUUUCGGUGCUUUAUCUCUUUCUCUACCAAACAACAAUGUCUGCGUCGCAAGCAAGCCUUCUCCUUCAGAAGCAACUCAGAGAUCUUUGUAAAGCCCCGGUAGAUGGCUUCUCUGCGGGUUUGGUUGAUGACACCAAUGUAUUCGAAUGGAGGGUCACCAUUAUUGGGCCACCUGAUACUCUCUAUGAUGGAGGUUUCUUCUGUGCCAUCAUGAGCUUUCCCUCUGACUAUCCUCAGAGACCACCAACUGUCAGAUUUACCUCAGAGAUGUGGCAUCCUAAUGUUUACCCCGAUGGAAGAGUCUGCAUUUCAAUUCUUCACCCCCCUGGUGAUGAUCCAAAUGGCUAUGAACAAUCGAGCGAGCGCUGGAUGCCUGUCCAUACGGUUGAGAGCAUAGUUUUGAGUAUCAUAUCAAUGCUUUCAAGCCCUAACGACGAGUCUCCUGCAAACGUAGAAGCUGCAAAAGAAUGGAGAGAAAAAAGGGAUGAAUUCAGAAGGAAAGUCGGUCGCUGUGUUAGGAAGUCUCAAGAAAUGUUGUAACUCCUUAACAUAAUUAUUUAUUGAAGUAUCUAAUUUCUUAUUUCUCAUUUUGUCAAGGGAGGUUUUCGGGGUUUUGGUAUUUGUCACACUGAUUAGAAUGCUCUUUUAAAACCUGUUCACUCUUAUCAACUAAAAGAAAAUUUUAGUUUGUAUAUGUAUAUUUCAAAUUGUUCAUGAACUUGUGUAAGAAUGGUGGCUUGAA